AUGGACAGAACGCAGCUUAGCGAAAUGACCGCUAACGCUACAUACAGUUGUACCGGCGAGGGCGUGUGCGAAUUCAUCAGUGCCGGACAGUACCUUACAAUAAGAUUUCAAAGCGGAAAGGGUGAACCGGAGAGAUAUGGUUUUCUUGGCCGCGUUACACCGUAUAGCGAACCGAAACGCUCAGUGAAGAGUGUGAUAAACUUUGUAUCUGGGGCUGUGAUUGCGUUAAUACUGUCGUUAAUUUCGAUCGGCUUGUAUUGUUAUUGCUCCGAUACAGGCAACCGGCUUCGAGAAGAAGAAAAAAGCGAGGAAAAAGAAGAAACCAAAAAAGAGUUAAUUAAAUGA